AGGGUUCUCAUUACUCUAUUUUACUUCUGUUUUUUCCUUGUUUCAGUUUAGUGGAAUAGUUUAGUUUCUUUCCAGAACAGAGAAAAUGUGCAUAAUUUGAGGGGAAAUUACAAAACCUUGCAAACCCUCCUAGCUAUAUUAUGAAUCUUAGUCUUUGCUUUCAAAGAUGAUCAUUGUAGCUUUCUUUCUCUUAUGCUCUGACUUUCUUUGCACCAAAACCCUCUUCUCCUAUCUCCAAAACUCAAAAGCCUUGCAGAAUUGUGGGUAAAAACCGUGAUGGUUUCUUGUGUUGUGGUACAUUCCAUUUGUAGACUUUCGAGGCUGUUCUUAAGCCCUGCUUCUACCAGUUCACUACCUGUACUGAUUUCUUUUUUUAUGGUUUAAGAUGUAACAAUUCUGUCGGUCGAUCUGUCUUCCAGCUAAUUAACAUUAUUGCAACCUUUUUUGUUGACUUCCUAACUCUGCAUGCAAUGUUUUUAAGUCAAUAACCUCCCCACGGCCAUAGUUUCAGUAUAUGGUACUGAGGGAGAAUAACCUUGACUCUGAUGUUUUGUUGGCAAACCCAGCAUUUGUUCCUUCCUACCCUUGUUACCUCCAUUGCAUACAUUGCUGUGAAAUUAGGUCAGGAAACGAGAUUUCAUAUCCCCUUAUUGAGAAUGAAAUGAUUGACAUCCAUUUCCUUGCUGUAGCACAGGGUAGAAACUGAAAAAUGGGUGUGCUGUUGGCUCUCUUGAUUUUUUUGUGUGAAGCUUGUAAUUUUUGGAUUAGUUUAAGAGGUGGAUCAUUUUUCCAUUUUGCUUCCACAGAUGCAGAUUGGACUCAGAAUAUUAGAAGACUAAGCCUGUUCUUAAUACUGUGUAUGGGUUGGAAUAAAUGAAGCCACAGCUCAAAAUUGCUCUUGCUCUAGUUAUUAGCUUGCUUUGGAUUCAGAGCUCAUUUUGUGAUGAAGCUUCUGAUAACCUAAACAAGUGGAGAUGUAGAUGUUCUUUUGAAGGGAAUCGGAGUUUCUCUCUGGCUAAUUGUUCUAAGUCCUGUGAUUGCCACUCAGAUGCUGAAGAAAGUGCAUCCGUAUGGAAAUGCAUAUGCGAUUCAAAUGGGUUUCCCCAAGUGGCAGCAGAUGGUCAUAGCCCUAAUUGUUUUAAAGCUUGCAACUGCACUUGGGGAACUGUCAGCAAUAGGGGAGGUUCAAAGAAACGUGUUUCCAUCAAGAUUGUUGUAGUUAUCCUAUUAAUAUGUGUUAUAUGCACAACCAUGGCGUUUCUUGUCUCACUCUUAUGCCAUGUAUACAGAAGGGACAGAUGUACUAUUCAAUCACCCAUAUUCUCAACAUAUAAGGAAACAAGUAGUGGUAGUUCCACCAACUUAAUUAGUCAUAGGUCAGGGGUUUCCUCGGUGCCAGAAGCAAAAUUUGCUAUAAAUUCUCCAAUUUGUCAUAUUACAGGAUGCUUUCAGAAAGCCUCUUUCUUAUUUGGGAGCCCAAAAGAAACUUACCAUGGAAAUAUUUUUCCAUUUUCCUUAGCUGAACUGGAAAAUGCCACUGAAAACUUUUCCUCUUCCAACCUGAUUGGACUAGGCGGAAGCAGUUAUGUAUACCAUGGUCGGCUGAAAGAUGGUAGCAAUGUGGCAGUUAAACGACUAAAAGAUCAAGGAGGGCCAGAAGCAGACUCUGCAUUUUUCAAGGAGAUUGAACUAUUAUCUAGACUUCAUCAUUGUCAUUUGGUGCCUUUGCUCGGAUACUGUUCAGAGUUAAAAGGAAAACAUGUUCAGAGGUUACUUGUAUUUGACUACAUGGCUAAUGGAAAUUUGAGGGACUGUUUAGAUGGAGUUUCUGGAAAACAUAUAGAUUGGACUACUCGUGUAAUGAUUGCGUUAGGAGCUGCGAAGGGCUUGGAGUAUCUCCAUGAAGCAGCUGCUCCAAGAAUUCUUCAUAGAGAUGUCAAAUCAACUAACAUUCUUCUGGAUGAAAAUUGGCAAGCAAAAAUAACUGAUCUUGGCAUGGCUAAAAACCUGAGAUCUGAUGACCUCCCUAGCUGUUCAAAUUCUCCAGCAAGAAUGCAGGGUACAUUUGGCUAUUUUGCACCUGAGUAUGCCAUUGUUGGUAGAGCUUCUCUUGAGUCAGAUGUCUUUAGUUUUGGUGUGGUUCUUCUUGAGCUUAUCAGUGGUCGGCAGCCCAUCCAUAAAUCAACUGGCAAAGAAGAAAGCCUUGUUAUAUGGGCUACUCCUCGCUUACAGGAUAGUAGGCGAGUAAUAAUUGAGCUGGUUGAUCCACAAUUAAAAGGAAAUUUUCCAGAAGAAGAGGUGCAGGUGAUGGCAUACUUAGCAAAGGAGUGUUUGCUGCUAGACCCUGACACUCGACCAACCAUGAGUGAGGUUGUUCAGAUUCUUUUAAGUAUUUCCCCAGGAAAAUCUAGGAGGAGAAGAAACAUUACAGGCAGCCUCUUUCAGGAUGAAGAAAAGCAAAGGCAAGCCACACCCAGUAAAUUUCCAACGCAUAGUUCACUGCCAAUAUAUCUUGAUCAUAAUCAUUCUGUUAAGAACAAAAGUAAUGAAGCAGAUCCAGUUUCAGCUGAGUAUAUGGAGAGUUUGAUCAUCUUGGCUGCAAAAUCUGAUGGCUCUUGUGUAUCAGAAGAGGAAAUGGUAGACCUAACUGAGCCUAGGUUUGAAUCCUUUUGCAUCACCUCUGGCAAAGCCCCUUGAAAACAUAGCAGCUGGCAGAAUUAUGAGGAGUUUACGUUGUGUUUCUUGUGCAUGGCAGAAUGAUAUACUAUAAGCGAUUCUGCAAUUAAUCUGUUGUGGAGAUUAUCAUGGUCUACACAUUUUUUUCACUUUGUUUUGAAAGGAAGAGCACUAGGUGGUGUUAGAUAAGCUCUGAUCAUAUUCGUUUGUUUCUUGUACAGAAAAACAUAUAGGAUGAUACAAAUUUCUGGUUUUCUUUAUGUGAAAAAGAACUAAAGAAGAACCGGAUGACAUACACAUUAAGUUAAAGGUUUUGAUCAUAGAUUUAUUUAUGCUACAAU